CCUGGACCUCUCUGCUCCUCCUCAUCCUCCUCACUGGUCGUCCAAAUGGGAUUCUGCAGGAACCUUUGAGGGGGAGCAGCACUGAACUGGCCCAGUCUGAUAUAACAGGAGAGAAACACCCUGAAAGCUGGAUCUGAAGAGGAACCACUGAGGCCAUGAUCGACUGGCCCAAUGUGACAGAGUCCAGCUAUGAAGAGCUGGGCCUGAAACCUGAGGAGCUGCAGAGAUCCAAAUGUGUCCUUGGCUUUAUUCCUGUCAUUUACUACAGCGUUCUGCUGUGUGUGGGAGUACCAGUAAACAUCCUCACAGCAGUGGCUUUAUGCAGGCUGGCGUCACGCACCAAGAAAGCUCUUUACUACUACCUCUUAGCAGUAACAGGCUCAGAUAUCCUUUCCCAGCUCUUUAUCAUCUUUGUCGGCUUCCUGCUAGAGACAGCUGUUUUCCACCGUGACGUCCCUACGGUCCUGUUGCACGUGGUCAGUGCUGCAGAGUUCGCUGCAAACCAUGCCUCCAUCUGGUCCACUGUACCUCUGACUGUGGACCGGUACGUAGCGCUGUGCCACCCAUUGAUCCACCGUCAGAUCAGCUACCCGGCACGAGCCAGGAAGAUCAUCGCAGCUGUGCUGUUGUUGUCCCUCGCAUCAGGUGUGCCUUUCUUCUGGUGGUCGGACGUUUGGAGGGACAGCCACCCUCCCACUGCCCUGGAUGCCGUCCUCAUAUGGACACAUGUGACCAUCAUCUACUUCCUCCCCUGCACCAUCUUUUUGGUGCUAAACUCCUUAAUAAUCCAUACACUGAGAUUAAGGCAGAGGCAGCAGCCCUGCCAGGAGGAGCGUGGGCCUCCACGCCGAUUAGGAAAAACUACCGCCAUGCUGCUGGCCCUCACCUCUGUGUUUUCAGUUCUUUGGGCUCCCAGAACUGUUGUAGUCAUCUACCACCUGUAUGUGUCCUCAGUUCACCAGGACUGGCAGGUCCACCUUGCUUACGAUUUGUCCAAUAUGCUGGCAAUGCUCAACACAGCUGUAAAUUUUUUCCUGUACUGCUUUGUCAGCAGGCCUUUCCGUAGCACCGUGCGGGACAUCGUACUGCUCAAAGGAGGGCCACUGCACCCUCAUGGGGCACUCCCUCAGCAGCAGGCCCCAACUAAUGCCUCCAUCUCCUCUCUGUACAGUGGGAACAAACGCUCGCAGCGGGACUCCACUCCCUUGUCUCCUCGCAGGAACAGAAAGCCCUCAUGACCCCACCAUUAAAACAAAACACACGUCCUCCCACGGCCCUAGUGCAUUUUAAACUCCAGGGAGCAGCACUUUGUUCCAGGCAUGACUAUGGACAGCAGCCAAUCAUCCCAGCAGCUUUCUAACAGAGCUCCAAGCUGUUUUUUUGUUUUCUCUGAUCUGGUGCUGUUUGUCACCGUAAAUCAAACAAGAAUGCUUUUUUUGUUUUUGCUCCAAGGAAUUUAGAAAAAAAAAACAACAAAAAAAGGUCUCCAUUUUUGGUUGAAAUAUGAAUUUUUUCCCCAACUUAUACAGUCAGACAUCAAGGAGGGAUGAAAAUAAAAGUGUAAAUCAAAUGUUUGAGUGUAAAUGUAAUAACAAUUAGUCUGCUGAGUAAAUUCUGUUGUUUUGCGAGCCUAGAAAAAGUAAAAGAAAAAAAAUAUCGUGAAUGUGGACCGAUCCAUUUAUAUGCCACAGAUUUCAGCCAGCCGAGCAAAAACAUUAAGCAAACACUCAGGACAAAAUCUGCAGCUAGUUGAAUCUGGAGUAUUUUUGCUUUUUUUCAUUAAAUGCAGCCCAUUGGACACUAAAAUGAAAAGCUUGUUUAUGAGGCAGGUGUUUCGACCCUGCUUUAUAAACAAGCCCUAAAUCUGCUGCUACAUCAGCCUAACAUGACUUCAGCUCUGGCGAAGCAAACUGCAGCUCCGCCGUGAAUGUGUGUGCAAACACAAACAGAUAACACAGUACAUGCACCAUCUCAUUCAUGCAUGAUCAUGUGCACUCAUAUCCAGCUAGUACAUUUCCACUUGCAGUGAAUCAGUGAACCAUUAUGGAAGCUGCAUCGGUUAUUUACACAAACUACCUGAGACUGUAUGAUUUAAAAUUUCAUGUCACAGUUUUUAUAAAGUGAGUUAUUGUAUAAGGUAUGUUUUUUUAUUCUUCAUGCUGCACUAUCUGUCAAGA